UUCAUUUCAUUUCGGUUCCGUAGAAGACGUGGUUGGUGCUUACGCUUACUUACAACUUACAAUCUUAGCUUUUGGCUGCGCAUAAGUUUUAACGUUCCUUCCUUGGAUCCGUGCCUCUUCACUCCGCGUCCUCUAUCAUAAACUUGGGAGGUAAGAUAGUGUAUCUAUGACUUAAGAUUAAGACUUUACCCCUUCCAAGAAGAAUUUUCCAUUAGCCUAGAGCGUGUCUUUCGGGGCCUAAAAUAUACUAGUGGAGUAUUAUCUUUAUCACAACGUCACCUUCAUAAAUGGAAGGACACGCCUUUCCCAGAACCUGCAUGGUCCAUCUUCUUGUUCCAUAGUUUCUUAGCUAACAAAAAUUUACACAAACUAGUGUCCCUCCGACAGCACUUUCUUCCUUAAUAACUCCAAAAACUUUGGUACCUUUCAAUCAACCACCGAAAAGUUAGGGACUUUAAUUUUUUUAAUUUUUUUUUUAUAUGAAGAUGUGUGAUUGAUCGAUUCCCUAGUGAAGGGGUAAGGGGGGUCAUGUCUUUCGGUGGGUUAAGUAUUGCUUUGAGUCUUGUCUUUGGGUGUCUUCUGCUGGCUCUGUGUGCUCAGCUUUACUAUUUCUUAUGGUGGAAGAAGAGAAGGACACAGAUGGAUAUUGAGAUGGAUGCAAAGGGUGCGUUUUAUUGGGGGUGCUGGAAGACCCCUUGUGCCAUGCAUGUUGCAAACAACACUGGAAGAGGGGGUGUGAAUAGGGACAUAGAAAGAACAACAACAAGUCGUGAGCCAGAGAUGGAGUUGGAUUUGCUGCACAAGCCCUUUGGAGAAGAGGGUACUGUUGAGUCAGAGUUGAUGAGGCUGCACAAUCUGGCUGGCCCACCAAGGUUUCUCUUCCCCAUCAAAGAGGAAACUAAAGAAGAUUUGGAGUCUGAAGAUAGGAGCAGAAAGGGGUCAAGAACAAGGAGUUUGAGUGAUCUCAUGUUGACAAUUGACACCCCCUUUCUUACCCCUGUGGCUUCCUCGCCUUUGAAGUGUUGUUCUUUGCCUUUGGACCCUCUUCAUUCUUAUAAGCAUCAAGGAUUCAACCCUCUCUUUGAAUCCUCCGUGGAAUUAGAGUACAACAGGUUUAUAUCUUCGCCACCUCCGAAAUUCAAGUUCAUGAGGGAUGCGGAAGAGAAGUUGCAUAGGAAAUUGAUGGAAGAGGCGAGGAGAAAGGCUGUGGAUAAUAAUAAUGUCCAAGAAUGUGGGGUUAAAGAUUGUUCUAAUGAAACAUUGGCCACAGAUUUUAGAGAUGGGUCCUUUCUUAAGUUCAUUCAAACAACAGAACACAAACAGCCUCAACAAUAUCUACCACAGUUUCCUUCAGGUUCAUCUCAGAUUCUCCCAUUGGCAUCUUCUCCUACAACUUUGAGACCACUUGAAAAGGCAUCCAUUGUGCAUUAGUUUUUAGUUCCAUACAACUAGGCUUCUGUUUUUUUUUUUUUCAUAUUAUGUUAAUCAGAUUAAUUUUUCUAAAUGACUCUGCUAAUUCUUAAUGUUUUACAAAGCAUUUGGUAAUUGUUGGCCCCCCCCCUUUUUUUUAUUGGAGCUCUUGUGUGGUUUGAAAUGAUUGCUAUGGUCAAUAUGCUGCAAAUUUGCGCAUGGUGUGCCAACAAAUAGAAUGCAUACUGACAUGCGCUUCAAGAUGCUGGUUAGUGAGCAAAGGACUAAGUGGGGCAACGUGUUUUUGUCCAUUAUUCCCCAUGUUUGCUCUGGGUUUAACCUGUGUGUUAAUCAAUCAUGUGAAUGAUGCUUGUUUGCUACUACCAA